GAAGCGAUGACUUUCGCCUUUCUCUCCUAUGUCUUCCCACACUUCCAGUAGUUCAGUCGCUGAAUUGAUACAAAAGAAACUCUCUCCAAGAUCAUGACUGAAGAAAAGAGCCUUGGUGUGACUCAAAAAGUCUUGUCACCUUCACGCAGUACCAGCAGCUGCUCCUCUAAGCAAGGAAGUAGACAGGACAGCUGGGAGAUUGUAGAAGGACUACGGGGAGCUGUGAAUUACACCCAGGAACCGCAGAAACAGGAAGGCUACCUGCUGAAAAAAAGGAAAUGGCCUCUGAAAGGCUGGCACAAGAGAUGCUUCUUUCUGGACAAGGGAAUUUUGAAAUAUGCAAAGAGUCCAGCUGACAUAGAGAGAGGGAAGCUGCAUGGAUGUAUAGAUGUUGGGCUUUCGGUGAUGUCUGUGAAGAAAUCAACGAAAUGUAUAGAUUUGGAUACAGAAGAACAUAUUUAUCAUUUAAAGGCAAAAUCUCAGGAAGUCUUUGAUGAGUGGGUAGCAAAGUUGCGCCAUCACCGAAUGUAUCGUCAAAAUGAAAUUUCCAUGUUUCCACAUGACAUCAACAAUCAUUUCUUCCCAGCAUCCUCAGUUAUGGAGUCUGUAUCUGGCCUUUUGGAGUAUACAUCAAGCAGAAAGAGAGGCAGCUUGACGCAACAGAAUUCAAUGCAGACCGGAAGUAGUUUAUCAUUCUCCUGUUCAAACAAUGAGUCAAGGAUUCCACCUUGGCUUCAGUCUUCUGAAGAUAUGGAACGAUGCUCAAAAGACCUUUCCCACUGUCAUAACUAUCUCUUGGAGAUGAGCCAGCUUUUACAGAGUAUGGAAGUUCUUCAUAGGACGUAUUCAGCACCAGCCAUAAAUGCCAUGCAGGGCAUCCCUUUUGAAAGUCCUAAAAAAGAAAAAAGGACACACAGAAGGUGGCGUUCCAGAGCUAUUAGUAAAGAUGCUAAAGGAAUGUUACAGGUACCAGCUGUUCUUUCUGCUCCAGUGAGGCUGCAUGCUUCCAAUCCUAAUUUAUCUACAAUAGAUUUUGUGGAAGAGAAAGGUUACUCUAAUGGUUCUGAAACAUCAUCAGAAUUUUCUAAAAUGCAAGAGGAGCUAUGUCACAUAGCACAUAAAGUGUACUUUACCUUAAAGUCGGCUUUUAGUACGAUAUCAACGGAGAGAGAGAAACUGAAGCAGCUGUUUGAACAUGAUUCAGCUCCGUCGCCAUCUGCUCAGAUAGUUGGACUGAAGAAUGCUUUAUCAUCUGCCAUAGCACAAAACACAGAUCUUAAAGACCGGUUACGCAGAAUACAUGCCGAAUCUAUGCUUCUUGAUUCAGCAGCUAAUGCAAAAUCCAACCCAGAUUUGGCAAAGGAAGAUUCAGAGGAAGAAAACAGGGGUCUGGUUCAUCAGCUCUCCAACGAAAGCAGGCUGUCUAUAACGGAUUCUCUCACCGAGUUCUUUGAUGCACAGGAAGUCCUGCUGUCUGCCAGCUCUUCAGAAAACGAGGUAACUGAUGAUGAUUCAUAUGCCAGUGAUGUCAGCGAUAACAUCUCCGAAGACAACCUAAGUAAUGACAUAGAGAAUGAAAGGCAGACUCUUGACUGUGUUCCUGAUGGUAGAAUGGAAUGCCUUUCCCAGCGGAGGACAUGUCUGCCAGCUCCAUGCCCCAAUACAAGCAAUAUCAGCCUUUGGAACAUUCUGCGGAAUAACAUCGGAAAAGACCUCUCCAAAGUGGCAAUGCCUGUUGAGUUGAAUGAGCCGCUGAAUACUCUGCAGCGACUCUGCGAAGAACUUGAAUACAGUGAACUGUUGGAUAAGGCAGCACAGACGCAUAACCUGUUUGAAAGGAUGGUAUACGUGGCUGCUUUUGCCAUCUCUGCCUACGCAUCCAGUUACUAUAGAGCUGGAAGUAAGCCGUUUAAUCCUGUGCUUGGAGAAACCUAUGAAUGUAUCCGUGAAGAUAAGGGUUUCCAGUUUUUUUCUGAACAGGUCAGUCAUCAUCCUCCUAUCUCUGCCUGUCAUGCUGAAUCUGAUAAUUUUGUGUUUUGGCAAGAUAUUAGAUGGAAGAACAAAUUUUGGGGGAAAUCCAUGGAAAUUGUGCCGGUUGGUACAACACAUGUAAUUUUGCCAGCUUUUAGGGACCAUUACGAGUGGAAUAAGGUCACAUCGUGCAUUCAUAACAUUUUAAGCGGCCAGCGGUGGAUAGAACACUAUGGAGAGAUCAUAGUAAAGAACCUGAAUGAUCACACCUGUCACUGCAAACUUACUUUCAUAAAGGCAAAAUACUGGAAUCACAAUGUUCACGAGAUUGAAGGCAGUGUUUUGGACAAAAAUGGAAAAAUAGUACAUCGGCUUUUUGGAAAAUGGCAUGAAAGUAUAUAUUGUGGGACACCGUCUUCACCAACCUGUAUCUGGAGAGCAAAUCCAAUGCCUAAAGAUUACGAGAAGUGGUAUGGUUUCACACAGUUUGCAUUAGAAUUAAAUGAACUGGACCCAGUCACGAGACCGAUGCUACCGCCUACCGACACCAGAUUUAGACCUGACCAAAGGCUUCUAGAAGAAGGGGAUAUCGAAGGAGCAGAAGAGCAGAAGCAGAGGGUUGAGCAGCUACAGAGAGACAGGAGGAAAGUUCUAGAAGAAAACAAUAUAGAGCAUCAAGCUAGAUUUUUCAGGAAAUCUACAGACGACUCCUGGGUGAGCAAUGGCACCUACCUGGAACUGAGGAAAAAUCCUGGCUUUUCUAAGAUGGAUCAUUCUGUUCUCUGGUGAGAAAGGACAAGAGAAAGAGGACAUUUUCCUGUUGAUCCCCUGAUCAUCAUUUAAUAAGAGAAGAAAUGCUGCA